AUGGUUAAUUUAUUUAAAAAAGAUGAAUCUAUAAAACCCUAUGGUGGUUAUAAAUUAACUUUCUAUCCUGAUGAAUUUGUCUUGCCAGGAGGAAAAGCUAAGCAACUGCUUCAUAUUCAUGUUAUUGGUCAAGAAGGAGAAAUAAGAGUAUAUUUGCUAAUUAAAGAAAAAUCCAAUUUGUAUAUUGAGACUAAAAGAGGGGCAAAUUUUUCUCAACCUAAAAUUAUUGCUUGUCAAACCAAUAAAGAAAAAUUAACAGCCGAAUUAGACGACGGAAGAAAAGGGAGUAAUAUUUAUUUUCCUGACAUAGAUGAGAUUUUGCCAGCCCGAGUAUUAUCCAAAGGUUUAUUUUCUUCCUGUGAUGAAGACAUGGACACAAAUGUAGAUGAAGAGAAAAAAGAAGCAGCAAACAAUACAAAUUUCGUUAGAAUGUUUGUAGAAAUAAGAGCAGAGAAAUGGAGUAGUUUCAUCGAUAGAGCAAAGAGAAAAUUAUUAGAAGAAGUUGUUUUAAUAUUCAAUGAAAAAGUUAUAAGCAAAAAAGAUAUUGGACAUAUUACUAACAAGUUAAUCCCCACUUCCUAUUUAGAAAAUAAUUUCCUUGCAAUACUACUCAAUCGAAAAGAUGCUGGUUUGAAUAUCCAGGCUAGAAAAUUGUGUCGUGAUAAUGAAGGCGAUGGAAUAAUUGUAGGUGUUAACUAUAAAAAUGUUUAUGCUUGCAUUAUUGAAAGGAGUAGCACAAUUCCAACUCCGCCACCUCCCCCUACGCCAGGGAGACAAAAUGCUGGGAGGAGACAAGCGACCCAGGCUUCGGCUUCUAAUUCAACUGCUUCUAAUAACCAGCCCAAUAAUCAAAAUAAUCAAUCUUCUUCGCAAAGGGAACCGCGAACACAAGCUGAAGAAAGUUUGAUUAACGGACUAACCAAAGAACAGGUACUUCCUCCGGGUUGGGAAAAUGGCAUCCGUGAUAAAGAUCCGCUAAGUGGAAUAGGUGAAAUUAACCAAGA